AUGUCUGAGGAAUCGCAAUAUUCUGAACAUCCAGGAGGUUGGAUUGAAUGGUUUUGUGCUCAUGAAGAUCAUUAGUUUUUAUGCGAAGUAGAUGAUGAUUUUAUUCGCGAUCCAUUUAAUUAAAUUGGAAUUAAGGGAAAGUUUGGUUUUUAUAAGUAAAAAUCACAAAGAUAUCUUAGUGAAGCUAUUAAAAUGAUUUUGCAAUCCACUUCACCUGAAGAUUAGGACUUAGAAGAUGAAAGAUUUUUAGAGGUUUAUUAAGAAGCAUCAGAUAUUUAUGGUCUGCUUCAUGCCAGAUUCAUAUUUACUUCGAAAGGAUCUGCAAUAAUGCGUGAAAGAUAUUUGUAAGGCAAAUUUGGUCAUUGUCCUCGGAUAUAUUGCGAGAAACAGAAUGUCAUUCCUAUUGGAUUGUGUGAAGAUUUAAAGACAGCAAGAGUUAAGGUUUUUUGUCCUCGUUGUGAAGAAGUUUACAUGCCAAAAAAAAAGUGUGCAGAUAUAGAUGGUGCAUAUUUCGGAAAGUCAUUCCCAUAAUUUUUGUUGAUGACUUAUCCUGAUUUACAUCCAAAAUAUUAAUUAUUACCAGAUACUUAAAUAAAGGCUAAUUUUGAGCCUACGCUAUUUGGUUUCAAAAUAGCUGGCAAAUUAGGCAGUAAAAUAAAAAGGUUUGAAUAAUAAUUGUAGCCCAACUAAAUUAUUACUCAACCUAUCAUUUAAUCUGCUGAAUAAAAUGUUCUUAUACAAGAACAAAAAUAAAUUAGAAUAUAAUAAUAAUAAUAAUAAUAAUAAUAAUAAGAACAACUGACAAAAGAAUAGAAUUCAGAACACAAUCAUAAAAAAAAAAAUAAGAAAAAGCAUAAAAAUUGA